CCAAAAUCGGGCCACGCCGGGUCCAUUUAUUUGGUUGCAACACCAAAGCAGAAAGGAAUCUCUUCUGCCACCAGGAUUUGUAACUCACUGAGGGAGUCAUUGCUGCUGAACAGAAAGAGACCUAAGGUUGGCCCAUAAUCCGGACAGUAAGCACUGGUACUUGGCUGGGGCUGUUUAUUCUGCUGCUCUACAGUAGGUGGACUCUGGGCGUGGUGGGCGUGCUUGUCUAAGUACCUGUUUGCAGAACACCCAGGCAGGGCAGAGCUAAAACAGCCGUAAUCUGAAACCAGUCUAGUUGGUUUUCCUUCCCAGCAGUCAGAGAAAAUCUGCAUUCCAGAUGAAACCUGCCGGCUAGCUGGAGGAAAGCAUUUAAAAACAAAAAGACAUUCCAAGGGUAGUAAAUUAACUGCUCUGAGAGUUCUGGGCACUUUGAGAGGAUCUUUUUCUUUACUUCCUGUCUUUGAUUAGGGGUUUGCAGGAGGCUGUUGAUGUAGGCGAAAUGCUGGGUUUGGGACCUGGCUGGCCCAGGCCUCUGAUUAAGAUCAGGAUGGAAAAGAGGGCUCACUUCUGAAGUCCUUUGGUCAUUUUCUGCUGAUUCACUUUGGAAUCUCUUGGGCUGCACCAGGGGGUGGUUCAGGGCUGUCAGGACCAGCUUGCCAGCUCAGCACUUUUAGGAACCUCAACUUGCUCACCAAUGAGGAAGUUGAAUGCGACCAGGAGGAUCGUAGGCACGGGGCGGAGCUCCUCCUGAAGUCCUGGGCUGGGAUUACGGGACAGGCUGACUUUGCCUGCCACAAAACGCCUUUUGUCCUGGGGAGUAAAUACGGAAGUCCAGAAGAGCAGCCUGCCUGCCCAUGUGUAGUAAGGUGUGCGGCCCCAGCUGCGUUGGGGCAUAGAGUUGCCCAGACUUAGCAAGUUGCCCUGGGCACGCCGGCAUCGAACAAACCGGAAGGGAGGGCUCUGUGACCUGAAAGAGACCAAGUGUGUUUUCUGAGCUGCUGAAAGCCUGGCUCUCUCCCCGGUCCUGUAGCUCCCUGUCCUGUAAGUCAAGAGCAGAUGGAGCGGAUAAACUGAGCGAGCAGGGCAGGUAACACAAGGCAGAACUUCUGUCAAGGGCACUGCGGGGACAUGGAGGAGGUUGGUAACUCUCUCAACAGCGGAGAUGUGCUGGAACCCGACAAAUCCGAAGCCGGGCUAGAGAUGGCUCAGUCGAUCCUGAGUAAAUUCUCUAUGAAAUCACUGUUUGGAUUUACAAGUAAAUUGGAUUCCUUGGAUCCUGAAGAGGAAGAUGCUGUGCUGAAGUCAUUUCGCAGUUUAGAGGUGGAUCCCAGCAAAGGCUCAGAUCAGCCACAGCCAGAGGCUCCAGUUCCACCUGAUCUUGAAAAUGAUGGGAAGUCCGCAAGGGCGGAGACAGGAUCGGAGGGAAAUCAGGGGAAAGCCAGAUCAGGCACCUCUUCCCCUGGUCAUGAGCUGCGUUCACCUGCCACUGUGAGUGUGGAUGGUGAGGAUGUCAUUUGGGUCCGUGGGACCCUGGUUCACACCACCAGUGAUUCUGACUCUGAAGAUGGAGGCCAAGAGGCAGAAGAAAGAAGUGGCCUUGAUACCCAGGAGUCGACCACCGUUGUUUCAUCUGAACCAUGUCAGGAGCCCAAAGAAAGACCGGGAGAUUCUGACGACACUGGGGAAACUGAUGAUGCAGAACUCCGUGAUGAUUCUAAGAGAACUUUACCUGAGACAAGUAGCAAACUGGACCCUGGCAGUGAUGGUAGCCACCCGGCGGAGCACAGCCACGGGCAGGGCCAGGCUGCAGAAGAAAGGCCCCAAAUCCCACCCGCAACAUCAGACCAGACUGCUGGUGUCACCGAGAAUACUGUUUCUAAAAGAGAGAGAGAAGCUCCCGGAGGAAAGAAGUCGUUCCAGCUUCCAGCUUUCUUUAGUGGGCUCCGUGUGCUGAAGAAGGGGGCUACAGCGGAGGCAGGGGAGACCAUUACUGAAAUCAAACCCAAGGACGGAGACUUGGCUUUGCUCAAGCUGACCCAGCCUGUUCAUAAAUCCCUGGUGCAGGGAGGCCAGCAGACAGUGAAGAGCCAGGGUAGAACAACCGAUUUGAAGGCCACUCCCACUCUCCUGGAGCAGCUAUCUCAGCUACUGAACAUUGACAUGCCAAGAACCGAAGUGAAGGAAGCCGACCCUGAGUUCCCUGGAGCCGACGAGAUGGGCUAUAGUACUGACCAGGAGAGCCAGAAGUGUUCUGGAGAUGCCCAAGUCCAAGGUGGCCAGGUGAAGGCAAAGCCACCAGAGACUGCCCUGGAGGCCUUUAAGGCCUUAUUCAUCCGUCCCCCUAAAAAGGGGACCACAGCUGACACCUCCGAGCUGGAAGCUCUUAAGCGGAAGAUGAGACACGAGAAGGAAUCACUCCGCGCUGUGUUCGAAAGGUCCAAGUCAAGGCCAGCAGACAGCCCCUCUGAUCCCAAAAGCCCGGACCAGAGCCCCACAGAGCAGGACGACAGGACUCCUGGCAGACUCCAAGCUGUCUGGCCACCCCCAAAGACAAAAGACACAGAAGAAAAAGUGGGACUGAAGUACACUGAAGCAGAAUACCAGGCUGCUAUCCUACAUCUGAAGAGAGAGCACAAAGAAGAAAUCGAAAACCUGCAGGCUCAAUUUGAACUUAAGACAUUUCACAUCCGGGGUGAGCAUGCAUUAAUAACAGCAAGACUUGAAGAAACUAUUGAAAAUCUCAAGCAACAGUUAGACCACCGCUGGGGAGGAGGAUGUGAAGAGAUGAGAGACGCAUGCAUCUCUACUGAUGACGACUGCCCCCCAAAGGCCUUCAGAAAUGUGUGCAUCCAGACAGACAGAGAGACGUUCCUCAAGCCCUGUGAAGGUGAAAGCAAGACAACCAGAAGCAACCAGAUUGUACCCAAGAAGUUGAAUAUCUCGUUAACCCAACUCUCUCCCACAAAAGACAGUAAGGACAUCCACGUACCACUUCAGACAGGGGAAGGCAUCUCAUCCAGUCAACAGAAGAUAUCACCUCCACCUCCCACACCUCCUAUUCCUCCCCCUCUCAUUCCUCCCCCUCCGCCUCUCCCCACUGGACUUGGACCUUUGCCACCAGCACCACCCAUAUCACCUGUGAGUGCUGGGCCACCACCACCACCUCCUCCACCUCCUCCACCACCUCCCCUGCCUCCAAGUGCUGGACCUCCCCCACCUCCUCCCCCACCACCACUUCCUAAUGUCCUGGCUCCUCCUAACAGUGGAGGGCUUCCUCCUCCUCCUCCUCCUCCUCUUCCUCCUCCUCCCCCAGGACUUGCACCUCCACCUCCUCCUGGACUAUCCUUUGGACUCAGCUCUUCUUCUAGUCAGUGUCCUCGUAAACCAGCCAUUGAACCCAGCUGUCCCAUGAAGCCUUUGUAUUGGACUAGAAUACAAAUAAGUGAUAAGAGCCAAGAUGCCACACCAACUUUAUGGGACUCCUUAGAAGAACCUCAUAUUAAGGACACCAGUGAAUUUGAAUAUUUAUUCUCCAAAGACACAACUCAACAGAAGAAAAAACCCCUGUCAGAGACCUACGAGAAGAAGAACAAAGUCAAAAAGAUCAUCAAGUUAUUGGACGGAAAACGAUCUCAAACUGUGGGAAUCUUGAUAUCUAGUUUACAUUUGGAAAUGAAGGAUAUCCAACAGGCCAUAUUUAACGUGGAUGACUCUGUGGUUGACCUGGAGACCCUGGCAGCCUUGUAUGAGAAUCGAGCCCAAGAGGAUGAGCUGACUAAAAUAAGAAAGUACUACGAGACAUCCAAAGAAGAAGACUUGAAGCUGUUGGACAAACCUGAACAAUUUCUGCAUGAGUUAGCCCAGAUUCCCAAUUUUGCUGAGCGUGCCCAAUGCAUAAUCUUCAGGGCUGUGUUUUCCGAGAGUGUUACUUCCCUACACAGAAAAGUAGAGAUUGUCACACGAGCCUCAAAGGGCUUGCUGCACAUGAAGAGUGUAAAGGACAUCUUAGCUCUCAUUCUGGCUUUUGGAAAUUAUAUGAACGGAGGGAAUAGGACUCGAGGGCAAGCAGAUGGAUAUGGUUUAGAAAUCCUACCCAAACUCAAAGACGUCAAAAGUCGGGACAAUGGGAUGAACCUGGUGGACUAUGUCGUGAAGUAUUAUCUGCGGUACUAUGAUCAGGAAGCUGGAACAGACAAGAGUGUUUUCCCACUACCUGAACCACAAGAUUUCUUUCUGGCCUCCCAAGUCAAGUUUGAAGACCUCAUAAAAGAUUUGAGAAAGCUGAAGCGACAGCUAGAAGCAAGUGAGCAACAGAUGAAGUUGGUGUGCAAGGAGUCCCCAAAGGAGUAUCUGCAGCCUUUCAAGGACAAGCUGGAGGACUUCUUCCAGAAAGCCAAAAAAGAGCAUAAAAUGGAAGAAAUUCACUUGGAGAAUGCACAGAAAAGUUUUGAAACAACGGUGGGAUAUUUUGGAAUGAAGCCAAAGACUGGAGAGAAGGAGAUCACCCCAAGCUAUGUGUUUAUGGUAUGGUUUGAGUUCUGCAGCGACUUCAAGACAAUUUGGAAACGGGAGAGUAAGAGCCUAUCUAAAGAGAGAUUAAAAAUGGCUCAGGCAUCUGUCAGCAAACUGACAUCAGAGAAGAAAGUGGAGACGAAGAAAAUUAAUCCCACUGCUAGUCUGAAAGAAAGACUGCGUCAGAAGGAAGCCAGUGUGGCCACCAGCUAACAUGGAAACAGAAGGAAAUUCCAGUGCAAGAGGAGGCCACCCAGUGCUCCUUUAGACCCAAGUGCCAAGGGAGUUCCUGACAGAUCUGCUACAGAACAUCUGCUUUGCUUAUCUCCUUCUGAGGUCCUCUGUAGAAAGUACCUGUGCCUUCCUUGAGAAGUCCCUUGUUAAUCCACAGGAACAAUGUGAUGCUAUGUAUGGGAAUGUUACAGGAAUAUUUGAUAGUUGUUUCUUAUGGAAGUCCAAAGUCCAUCCUAUAAAAGAAUCAGAAGAUGUACCAAAAUGUUUCACAUUUUACUUUAUGCUGAAAUGCUAAGCUUUCCAAUGUAUAGCCAUCAUGGAAAAAGAGGUACAUCUUUUAUAGUGAUUGCCUUGAGAGAACUCAAGCCUUGUUCCUCACACACUAUUUUUUUUUUAUUGGUCUUAAUCUUGAUCCGGUUGUACCAAGAUCCUAUGGAUGUUGAAACAUGGGUGGAAAGAGAGAGAAUAAUAACCAAAAACCUUAUCCUGGAGACUAAGUUAUGAUGCUGGGAGUGAACAUUAGACAUUGAGAUAGGACCACUCAGUUAACAUGGCUUCCUGACCAGUAAAGAUUCUGUACCAACUUCUAAUAGAAACAGGGCAGGGACAGACUUGGAUUGCGUGCUCUCUUGGGCAAGGGACUAUGUGGCUUCAGAUCCAUUGUGGACAGUGAAUGAAUGCUGUGUAGACUUGCAGAUGAGGUCUACAUUGUAUCCCACCACUCCCAGCAGUUUCCAGGAGAGCAAAUGUUACUGACUACCUUUUAUCAUGACCGUGACUCAUAAGCAUAUGAAGAAUGGUAGCCAGGGACUGUUUGCUGUUCCAAAACUUAUGAUCAGAGAAAAAAGUUCUUUACAGUGAAGUGAAAGCAAAGUGGUUGCGUUAGUAUUACCCUCUGAAUGGACUGUCAGGACAGGUUGUAUUUUCUAACUCUGGCCCUUAAAUCACGGAGAAAAGCCACCUGGGACCUUUUGCCUAUAUUUUUCUCCCUAAGCCACCACUGUUUGAACUUCCCUGGUGAGAAAACAAGAAAGAGGACUGGGCAUGAACUGAGGAUUGUAUUGAAGACUGUUUUGAAGCCUUGAUGCAAUGAAGGAAUGUGCUUCUUCUCCUGUUGGUGGAGACAGUCUAGAGUUACUCAGAGUCUUGCAUCCCUUGCUGAUCUGGCUACCUCUAGCUGCCACGUGGGGCCUGCCUCUUGCCUCAGCAACUUUCUAGAACUUUUGAACUUGCCAGAUACCUUAAGUGUCCUCCUGGAAUCUGCCUGCCAGUCAUCAGCCCCCCACUCAGGGACACUCCGAUAAUAGAUGCAAGCUAAUGAAAGCAGAACCGUAGCCAGAUAAAGUGCAAACCUUGUGAAACAAGAGUAGCUGGCAUCUACUGAGUCACAGAUGCCAUUUCCUUGCCGGUGCUAAUUGUCUUUCAGUGGCCCAAAGGAAGGAGCAUGGUCACUUGGUUUAUUUUAAUCAAAAUGAAAGGGUGAGACAAAAUAGACAAUCAAAUAAGAAACUUAACAUGACUGUUCUUUUCCUGUUGCUUUUUGUAUAUUGUUUCCUUUAUUCUCACUGUAGCUAUGAAGAAGAGCAAAGGACUUAACCAACAAGGCAAAUUCCACUUGUAGACAUCCUGUUCUCCCUGGUGUCCUUGUUAGUAUUGAAGUGCAAAAGAAAAAUGCAAUUUUGUCUGUACCCCAGGAGUCAUCUCAGCAUUCUGUGAGGUCUGCACAUGCCUAGAGCCUUAUGGAUCCUGUGGAUGGGAUGAGUGGGAACAGGAAGCUUUCAGUGGGGUUGAUACCACCUCAGGUCUCUAAGUAAGAUGUUCAUGAGUCAUCACAGGUGGCACGGUCUCUCCGUCCUUCAAGAACACAGCAGAUCUUACAGGCUAUUGAGAACUAAACCAUACUGUUGGGAGUUGAGGACAACUUUUUGUUUUCUAAUAUCCUAAAUCUAUUUGUAGUACAUAUGCCCCAUUUAAAAAGUCGAAGAUAAAACCAGUUGGGGUAAGGAUGCUGCAGAGAUGGCUCAGUAGUUGAGAGCACAUACUGUUCUUGUAGAUGGCCUGGGUUUAGAUCCCAUUGCCUUUGUUGGGUGGCUCACAAUCACGAUAACUAUCUUGAAAAAUCUGACAUCCUCUUCUGUCCUCCAUGGACAGCAUACACACAGAGACAUACACAUACCCCCACAUAGACAUACAUAUAUGCACAUAAUUAAAAUAUAAAAGUAAAUCUUAAAAACAAGUGGGGACAUGAUACAGCAAGAUAAGUGAAUAAAAAUCAAAAAGUAUACCUUUUCCCAAAUAUUUCAUUUUACAAAGUGGUUUAAAUUGUGUUAAAAAUCACUAGUGAGAAGUAUGUUUUUCCUUGAUUUUCAUUUUCAUUUUAUUUUGCCUGCACUUAUCAAAGAAAAAAAUACCAAAAGAUGAUAGGAAACAUAUGCUUCCAUAGAGUUGGUAAUCUACAAAUAAGUUUUAUUAUUGAAUCACAAAAACAUGGGCAUACUGUGAAAUCCAAAGUGGUAGCAGUCCUAACUAAGCAUGUAUGAAAUUGAAUGAUUGUGAUGGCUGGUAGGAGGCAACAAAAUUGCCAACCAUCUGCCUGAGGCUGCACCUUAUGGCUGCCAUUUUUACUAUGGAUGUGAAAGAGUCUAGGAUUGCCUUGAGAAACUUAUUCUCGAAAAAGCAAUGUAGAGAAAGGCAUGGCAUUCUAGAGUGGGAUGUGUCUAUGUCCUUCCUCUGAAUUCUCUUAAGGGGAGUUUAUAAGUGAGUGGGAUGUCAGAAGACCAUGAGUACUACAAUUCAUAGUUUAGCUAUUCUGGCUUGAGGGACCUGCAGCUAAGCAGAGGGACCUGGAUAAGGCAGUGAACUGCCACCCAUGUCAGUUACUUCGUCUGUGGAAGGAAAUCUGCAAUGCCAGUGGACCAAGUCUCUUUCCAAACUGAUAGGGUCGGGGGAAAAAAAAUUACCUCUCACAAAAGGCAGAUAAUAUCAAAUAUUAUGAUUCAUCGCCCAGCUAUAGAAAGCUGCUUAGACUCAUCCAGAAUUGACUUAAAGAAAAGCACCCCCCAAAACUCAACUCAGCCGCCCUUCCCCUUUAGACUUACACAAGCGUUCUUAACGCUGGUGAUAGUUGGAUCCAGGAACAGCCAGGCUCAGUUUUGCAGCUGUGUGUGACCAAGAGGCACACUUUGUAUCAUGUCUGCUUCCCUGUCAGCUGUAAGGAGCCCUCAUUAUGAAUCUCACCAUUCCCCACCCCCCUCCACAAGGAUGGGCAACCGACCAAACUGCUUCAAGAUAACACUCUGCAGGAAAAUGGGGAAUGUAAAAGAGUUUCAUCACAUUUCACAUGAAGCCACUUCAGUAGCCUUGUUUGUUCCAGUGCAAUGCCUUGUAUCACAUUUGGGGGAUUUGAAUACUUAACAGCUUACUUGGAUGCAUGGGAACAUUAAAAUGGUGACUCACUGACUGUGUCUCUUGAGCUCCAUAUACUACAUACCUCAUACUACAAACUCCAUCUGUCCUUAGAUAAUUUUCUGGUUUUUAGUCUCAUGUAUACAAGGAAUCCCCUGGAGGCUGAUCCAACUGCUUCCAUGGUUCCAUGGGAUUUUUCAUGGUUCCUGUGCAACAUGACAGCCCUGGGCUGUCAAAACACAAAUGAGUCAAUAGGCUCAGGCAGAAAUGAGCAUCCCAAGGAUUUGACAGGGGAUGAGUAGGCUCUACCACAUUAGGGUUGUCACCUAGGCUUAGUGUUACCCUAGGAAUGUCUUGUGCUCUCCACCUCUGAUACUGUAAAAAUAUCUUGGAGAGAAUGCUCAUCCCAUAAACAGUAUGAGUUUCCAGUGAGUUUUAUCAAGUAAGAAAUCCAGUGUAUAUCAGGAGCUCUUUGCCAAAGUCAUACCUGCUCCCCUCCACUGUUCUCUUCUAGAGUUUUCUUUAACUUCCAUCUUAUAAAAGCAAGGUAUUUUUAAUUGUUCACCUAAGUUGGCUUCCUAACUUCAUAUUUCUCAAACAAAAGCCCAGCCCUAUAGACCACUGAGCAUCCAGAAAGGUUACUCUGCUUCCUCAUAGCAUGGCUGAUAGAUGUUCAGAAAUGAGCAAUUCUGGGAAUCUAUGGGAUGGAUUUUCCUUCUAGUCUGUAGUGUGAAAGGGAGGAUUUAGCAUGCACAAAAUGUUCUGCUCUUCCACUGAAAGGCCAAAAAGCAUUUAGAAUACAUAGUUAUGCUUUGUGAACUACAAAUAUCUUUUUUCCCUCUUUUUAAGAGGGAUGCACUUAUUUUUAUUUUACAUGUAUGAGCAUUUGUCUACAUGUAUGUAUGUGUACCUCCUGUGUGCCUGGUACUUGCAGAAGCUACAGAGGAGGCUGUUAGAUCCCCUGAAACUGGAGUUACAGACAGUUGUGAGCCACUGUGUAGAGGCCAGAAACUGAACCUGGAUCCUCUGUAAGAGCAGCAAAUGCUGUUAACCAUUUCUCCACCCCCUUUCCCUAUCAUUUCUCUCUAGGUAUAAGCUAAGUUUUUCAUCAGUCUCGCUAGUGGUUCUGCACAGAGCUUGGAAGGCACUCACUACUCUUGGAAACAAAUUCAUGAACAAAGAAGAAACUCUUGAGAUGAUCCUGUCUGCAGUGAUUUAAAUAGGAUUUGUGGGGUCUACCAAAGGAACAGGUUUCUUCUAAAAUCAUUAAUUUUAUAAUUCUACUGUUUUAUAACUUCCUGAGACACAAAUACUGUGCCCAUACUGUCCUACUGACUACCGGGUGUUUAAUCUUGGAGGAAUAUGUGAUUUAAGGAAAAAGGAUUUCCCUUUGAGAAAACUAUCUAAGAUCCUCUCUGAAAGGCAGAAAGUUUACAAAUUAGACACUGGAUAAUUUUUAAGAACCUUUAGUGGAAGCAUGUCAUCAAUUUAUCACAGUCUUUUCCCAUCUUUGAAUUAUAAUCCAGACAAGUGUGGGAAGCAGUCUCACUGGACUUUGAUUUAGGGAUCAUGUUUUUGCCUGGAAAAUAAGCAUUGGCCUGCAUGUCUAGAAACUCUCUGAAAUCAGUUAGCAUCCUAAUAUGAAUCAGAUGCUACAGAAAUGUAAGUCACUUUAACUCAUUUAUGGCUUGGCUUGGUUUGGUUUAAUUUUCUUACACCACCAGGGAUCAUGGAGGCUGCUUCCUAAGAGUCACAUGACCUUUGCAGUGUCUCCUUUUCACCUUCUGAGAUCUCAAGCAGCAUGGAUGACAGAGGAAAACCAGGAAACAGGAGAGAAGAACAACUGAGCAAAUCCAGUGCAGUAUUUUUGCACAGCCUUUUGAUAGUACCAGCGGCGGCAGCUUUUUAAUAGAAAUUUGAGUCACUUGUAUUUGGCAAAUAGGAGUGUUCCGUGUUGUUAUAGCUCAAUGGCAGACUUUUUGCUGAAAAAGCAGGUACUCCAAUGAAACUGACCAGUGUUUAGCUGAGUAACUUCCAGCUUCAGAUUCUUCUACGAGCAUGACUUGCCCAAGGACCUUUCUGUUUCCUCUUUGCCUGCUCACAAGCCAUAUCAGCAACUAGCAUCAUCUAGCUUUCCUCCAUCCCAUACUUCAUCUUUGGCCUCCACUUCCUUCACACACCACAGCCCUUCUCUUCUGAAGGGACCUUUGCAGCUUCCCCCUGGACCCAGCUACUCUCUACCUCUACAUCAUAGAUACUGAAUGUCCCUGAGCCCUCUCACACCCUGUGCUCCAGCAUUCAGUGUUUGGACAAGAGCACCACUGUCACCAAGGAGCCUGUGUGAGACACACUGCUGAGACUGCCUCUUGCUAAUGUCACCAUCACCUCAUCACUUAGGCAAAGAGGGGAAAAUCCAUAAAAGAGGUGGAAAAUGAAUUUCUUUUUUCAUUUUGUUCUACUUUAUUAAAAAGGUUGGGUGUUCUAGUUUUUGGUUCCUUGCAGAUUUUUUAAACUAUCUAAGUAGAGAACACUUUUGAUCCAUCGCAGCAGAUCACCAGCUAUUGCAAGGCUAAAUCUUGUACUCUCAGCUUCCUGCACCGCCAGACAAAUUGACCUCUGUGCAAACAUUUUGUAUCAUAAGACUUCUUAUUGCCACUCCAUUCUUACUACUGCUCAUGACUCAAGCAUCUACCACAAUCUGAAUUGAGAUGUUGACAUUUUGUGGUUAUGUUCAGAUUAACAGUAACUGUUACGCUCUUAAAAGCACUCAUAGAAAGUGUAAGCAUGUCCUGCAUAGUUGACUAUUUUGCCAUGGUAAAAUCCAGCCUUUCUAUUCAAAUAUUAGACCAAUCUGUAAGAUGUAACUUUAAGGAACUUUAACCAAUAAAAUAAAGACAGCUUUGGAAAGGAGAAGGCACUUUAAAGACAUGAAACCUUAUAUUACAUGCUCUUGGAUGUUUUUAAGCAUAAUAAGCUAACUGGAUUUGGGUAUUUUUCCUUUAAGUUAAAAAUAAUAUGUAUUUCUAAUUGCAUAUUUAAUUCUGUCAACCAACACUGAGAAAUGUUCAUGAGUUGAAUCUGUAAAUGUAAUUUGCAACCAAAUGAAGUAUUUAUUUUUAAAAAGAAAAGGUGAGGUAACCGAUAUUGACUUGUACAUAAUGAAAAUAUGUGUGUAUAUAUAUUUUUCCUUCUUGACACUACUUGAUCAUUAUAUCAAGUGUAUUUUUGUACAUAAUAUAUAUUGGUUAGAAAAAUUUAGAUUGUCUAUUGAAAGAAAUUCUAUCUCUGUGAUAGAUUAUAUUUAUCCUAACCUAUUGAUAUUCUGUUGAUUUGUUUUAAGAGACAGAACACUAUUUUUUUGAAUUUCCAGAGAAUUGCAUUCACUGCACCACUUGUGAAUAUGUUAAGGGUAUUUUAAUAAAUCUUGGUUUCGUGUCCA